AUGCUGGCCUUGCGCAGAUGGACAGCAGGGGGAGUGUGUCAAAGCAAGGUCAGACUGGAUGGAAAAACAGUCCUGAUCACAGGCGCCAACACUGGCAUUGGGAAGGAAACAGCCCUGGAUAUGGCACAGCGAGGGGCCAGAGUGAUCCUAGCCUGCAGAGACACAACCAAAGGCCACGCUGCUGCUGACGACAUCCGGCACCGUACUGGGAAUGGCAACGUGCAGGUAAAGAAGCUGGACCUGGCUUCACUGCAGUCAGUCAGAGCCCUGGCCAAGGAUAUCCAGGAAAAUGAGCAACACUUGGACAUUCUCAUCAACAAUGCAGGUAUCAUGAUGUGUCCAAAGUGGAAGACUGAGGAUGGCUUUGAAAUGCAGUUUGGUGUGAACCACCUGGGACACUUUCUGCUCACCGUCUGUCUCCUUGACUUGUUGAAGAAGUCCGCUCCAAGUCGCAUAGUUAUUGUCUCUAGCAUCGCACAUAAGCACGGUCGUAUUCACUUCGAUGACAUCAAUCUUGAUAAAGACUACAAAUCUGACAAGAGUUACAGCCAAAGCAAACUGGCAAAUGUACUUUUCUGCAGAGAACUGGCUGCCAGACUGCAAGGCACCGGUGUGAAUGUGUACUGUCUGCACCCUGGGGUCAUUAACACUGAAUUGACCCGUCACUUGCUCCCUAACUGGGCCUUAAAGAUCGUAGGUACACUGUUGAUGAUGCUGAUCAAAACCCCCCAAGAAGGAGCCCAGACCACCAUUUUCUGUGCUGUGGACGAGAGCCUGGCAAAUGUCAGCGGCCUCUACUACAGUGACUGUGCGCCCAAAACGCCGGCACCACACGCUCAGGAUGACGCUGCAGCCAAGAAGCUGUGGGAUCUCAGUGCUUCCAUGGUCAGUUUGGCUGAAACACAACAAAGUGUUGGCUGAAGAGGUAUUGUUUUAAUUUGUGAAUAACGUAUAGCAGUUAAUUUAAAGCUUAUGUUACAUUAUAGAACUUUGCAUAAGGAGACUUUAACAAUCAAUCUUUGUGGCUACAUCUGCAGUAUUAACCCAUAAAGACUCAGUGCUACUAUUUUGUCAGUU